AUGUCGCGGAAGUCUCCUUUCGAUCUGUCUAAAUGUGCACGACCCAAUAUCCUCAAGUUGCAGCCUUAUCGUUGCGCACGCGAUGACUACAAAGACGAUGGCCACAACAUCCUCCUCGAUGCCAACGAGAACGCUUAUGGGCCUGGUCUAGCUCUCGAUAGCAAUGGCACGUAUCCGGCCGCCUCGGCGAACACGAAUCUGAGCGUGGACUUCCUCGGUCUCAACCGAUAUCCCGACCCUCAUCAGCACGAGCUGAAGCAACGCUUUUGCGCCUUGCGCAACACACACACCCACACGAGGAAAACCCUUACACCAGCCAACCUCUUCUGCGGCGUUGGGUCCGAUGAAGCUAUCGACGCCAUCAUUCGAUGUUUCUGCACGCCCGGCACGGACAAGAUCGUCACAUGCCCGCCCACGUACGGGAUGUACGCUGUGUCUGCAGAUGUAAAUGACAUUGCCAUUGUUCACGUCCCCUUGAACCCAGACGACGAAUUCUCCUUACAGCUUGAUGCUAUCCUCGCCAAACUCUCCCAAGACUCUUCGAUAAAGAUGGUCUACAUUUGCUCCCCAGGCAACCCGACCGCGUCCCUGAUCCGCAAGGCCGAUAUCCAGCGUGUACUAGAGCACCCCACGUGGAACGGUAUCGUGGUGGUUGACGAAGCGUACAUCGACUUUGCUCCGGACGGCGCCAGCCUGGCCGAAUGGGUCCUCGAAUGGCCCAACCUCGUCGUCAUGCAGACGCUCAGCAAGGCUUUCGGACUGGCAGGCAUACGUCUCGGCGUCGCCUUCGCCUCGCCCGAAGUAGCAGGUCUGCUGAACAACUUGAAAGCUCCAUACAACAUUUCAAGUCCGACCAGCGCAAUCGCAACGGCCGCGUUGAGCCCACAGAACCUCGAGAUCAUGCGCACCAACCGCUCCAAGAUCAUCGUGCAGCGUGACAGAUUGCUCCAGGAGCUCCCGCGCAUACCGGGCGUAGGACGCUUUCGCGGCGGCACCGAUUCGAAUUUCUUGCUUGUCGAGAUCCUAAACGCGCCUGCAGACCAGGGUGGUAAACCUGAUAACCCGACAGCACUCCACGUUUACGAGACGAUGGCCGGCCAACGUGGCGUCGUGGUCAGAUUUAGAGGCAAGGAGUACGGCUGUACGGGCUGUCUCCGAAUUACCGUUGGCACCGAGAAAGAAGUCGAUCGCUUCUUGCAUGAGUUAAGGUCCGUUUUACAGCAAGCUCUUACGAGUAAUGCGCAGGCCGACCGACCCGACGAAGCGAGGAGGGAAGUCGAGGCGAACGGAGUGUUAUCGUGA